GCGACACCUCGUCUCGGCCAGUCGCACUGGAGAACAGACGCACACGCGACGUUCUGUUCCGGUUUGUUUGACGAGAAACGCGCUGGUGACUCGCGGGGACAUCCUUGGGGUCCCCGCUCCAUUUCCACGAAUUUGGAACCUCCGUCCUCUUUGAGGGCGGCCCGGACUGUUACUCGUACGAUCCUGGCGAACGCGAUCGGGUCUGCACGACGAGCGCGAUGCCGCCAAAGAGCAGCAAAUUCCGCGGCGUGACGCUGUUCCGCCCGACGAAGAAGUGGCGCGCUCAAAUUUCCGCUGGAGGCAAGACGACGAGCCUCGGGGACCACGACACGGAGGAGGAGGCGGCUCGCGCGUUCGACAGGGCCGCGAUCAACAAGGCAGGCCCGGUGGCGGCCACGAAUUACCCCAUAACCGAUUACGCCAAGGAGAUGGAAGCGCUUCAGAAGGUGUCCGUCAGCGAGCUGGUGGCCACCCUGCGGGCCAAAGCCAGGAGACACGGUACCCAAACCUCCCAGUACAGGGGUGUCUCUCUGCUGAAGCAGACGGGCAAGUGGCACGGACAGAUCAACGUGGGCGGCAAGCAGCUUCACCUGGGGUUCUUCGCAACGGAGGAGCUCGCCGCGCGCGCGUACGAUCGCGCCGCGAUCCACAAGGCGUCCACGGAGGGUGGCGUCAUCGUCACCAACCUGGACAUCUCCGAGUACGCGCACGAAAUUGAAAAACUUCAGCGCAUGACCCGCAAGGAGCUGCUCUCCAUGAUCGCGGACGAGAAGAAGCAGCAGCAAAACCUGGCCAACUCCGUGCAAAAGGACGACAGCGACGGGAGCAACGGGGGCUCCGGGUCCGGAUCUGGCACCGACGCGCCAGCCGCGUCGAGGAGGUCCGGCAAGCUGUACAGAAGCAACCGAAGCAACCGAAGCAGCGCGUCGCAGCUCACGCACGUCGGAUCCAUGCCGAGCGUCAGGGACGGGAGCAACUCGCCGACGAACCAGGAAGGGGGUGGGAGCCAUGAGGCGCCGGACACGUCGUCGGGGGAGAAGAGUGGGUUCGACGCGGUCAAGCUCCCGCCGGCGAGGCUCGCGGCGCAGGAGGAGAUAAGCAAAAAGUCCCCGCAGCCCACGGCGGUCGCAGCCGGGCUCGCGAGGAUCGAGGGCAAAGUGGGCAACAAGAGGGCCAUCGAGGAGGCGAUCAUGCCCCCGCCCUCGCCGAGGAGCAAGCACAGGCGGACCAAGAUGGCGCCAUCUCGCGCGCCCGUCUCCGGAGGAUUUGCCGCGUGAGGCAUCUCUGUCAUGUACACACACAUCGGCGACGGCGUCCAGUAUUAUGGCGUGCCGUGCCCUUCAAGAGCUAGGGGCUCCAAGUUUAGAACGCGAGAGCUUCUAGCCUACGGUGUUGAUUGUAACAUAAGUUAAACACUGGUUGA